GCUGAACACAAUGGAGCCCUUCACGCCAAAAAGACGCUCACGAAUACGCCGUGAUAAGCUCACAUUGUCAGCAAAGCAGUAUUCAAAGAUCACAGGCACAAUUGCUUCUGUCCGACGGAAUCGAGUUAGCGAAGUUAAUGAAGUCGAAAAUCCAGUCCUUGGGGAGCUCAGCGAGCCGUCGUUCAUUGCAGAAAAGUCUUUCGUAGAUGCACCGCUCAACUCACGCGUGCCGAUUCAACUCGUUACGACAAAGACAAAGGGCAAGCAGAAGGCUGAACCUUUGGAUAGAGUACCUUUGGAAGUACAGGAAGCACUAAUCCUGGAAGAUCUUUUGUUCGUUCUCAUGGGCACCGAAGGGACGUACAUAACGUAUCCCUCAGACGUUUCCCAAGAAGAUGAAGAUCCCAAUCAUGGCCUGCGGUUCGUCGUAGCACCAUCACUUGACCCCUCUCUUCGUGAUCUAGUCGAACGCGUCCUCCCACUCGCGACCUACUACACGGCUAUAACCACGUUCAUCCAAGACAGAAGUCAUCUCGAAUAUGGGCUCGUCAAUCACGCUCUCUGUGCUGCUAUACGCGAUAUGCUAAAAGACUAUCAUACUUUGCUUUCGCAACUUGAGCAUGCGUUCCAGCAUUCGCCGUCUUUCUCACUGCAGAAGCUAUGGUUCUACGUUCACCCAACGUUACAUACUCUCUCAUUAAUUCAUGGCCUUAUCUCGGAGAUUGUUGAUGCGGAGGAGCCUCCAGAGUCUGGAUCAGAUUCAGACGAAAGUGAGGAAGACCCGGAGGAACAGGCGCGGAAUGAAGCACUCGGACUAGGCGGAGCGAAGUUCAAAGCACUUGUCAGUGAGAUGAAGAAAAGCACGGGCGGAAGUGGUGUUCCUGCUGGUCCUGCCAAGGGCGGAGAAGUGCUUUCUAUCCUGCAUGAGCGAAUGCAGCGCAUGUCAGGCGAUCCUUCAGCACUAGCAUUACACCGUGCGCUCAUGCGUGCAGCAGGUCGACCGUACGCUGAGAUGCUGGUCGCGUGGACACGAAGUGGGAAACUCGACGACCCAUACGAAGAAUUCUGUGUGAAGGAGAGCAAAUUCAUCGACAAGGCUAAUCUAAACGUGGAUUAUACGGAUGAGUACUGGGAGCGACGGUACACUCUGCGAGACGGGUCUACACCAUCGGGCACAGCGAAGACGCUUCAAGCUGGUAUUCCGUCUCCUCGAAUGCCUGGUGGGCGGCUGCCUUGUGGUGCAUGUAUCCCUCCCUUGCUCGAGAGCUGGAAACACAAGGUUCUGCUAUCCGGAAAGUACCUAAACGUGCUCCAGGAGUGUGGCAAGGAGAUCAGGAGACCAAACACUCUCGAAGACGAAGACUUUGCUAUGGAGAACGAUAAGUUCUACAAAGCAGUAGAAGAUGCUUAUGCCUUCGCGGACAGUACACUAGUUAAAAUCUUAGUGCACGACCAACAACUCAUCCCUCGUCUUCGCUCAUUGAAGCACUACUUCCUCCUUUCCCAAUCCGCCUUCCUUACGCAUUUCCUCGAUGCCGCCCAUUCGGAACUAAAGAAGUCUGCUCGAGGGGCGAAUAUCGACAAACUACAGAGUUUGUUCGAUGUCGCGCUGAAUACUGACGGUUGUACGUUCGUAAGUGAGGGCGAGCCCACAUUUAAGGAGGACGUGAAAGUUAGUUUAGGAGACUCCGGAUUAUAUGACAAGCUCCAGAAGAUUCUGAGCGAGAGAGGAGCUAUUGGAGGCCCUGAAAACAUGGAUACGAUAAACGACCUUGGUAACGACGAAGAGAAAAGGGCGAAAGGUAAGGAUGAGAAGGAUACGGUCAAGUUCCUAGCCAGCAGCGCCUUUCAACUAGACUACAAAGUCAACUUCCCCCUCUCACUCGUCAUUUCACGAACAAGUAUCGUGCGCUACCAGUUCCUCUUCCGCUUCUUAUUCCACGUGCGCAGGAUCGAACAAGCGCUGUUGGGGAUUUGGACAGAACACACGACGGUUCCGUGGAGAGAUUGUACAACCUUUUCUGGUGCUGAGGAGAAAUAUCGAGACAUCUCGCAUUGGUGUAGAUGUCUUUUCCUACAGCGUGCACGGAUGUUGGCGUUUGUUCAGCAACUACUUGCAUUUGUGACGUCGGAGGUGAUUGAGCCAAAUUGGCGACGAUUGGAGGCUUCGCUUGCGCGUGUAGGCACUGUUGAAGCCCUCUUCCGGGUUCACUUGGACUUUGUAGACACCUGCUUGAAGGAGUGCAUGCUAACGAACGGGAGGUUGAUCCAGGCAAUCGAGAAGAUCUUAACCACAUGUGAUACGUUCGCUCAGUACGGCUCGGCGUUCACGAAGUCGUUGAAGACGGCACUUGAGACAGAUGACCCUGAAACGAUUCAACGUGAAAGGACGAAACGAUGGGAAUUCUUGAAGAAGUUCACCAAGAACUUUGAGCAUUGGUAUAGACACGUGGAUCGCGUGCAGUAUGAUGCCUCGAGUGGUAAUGGUGCUCUUCUACCUCUGUAUUCGCGACUUUCAAGCAUACAAAGCACGAGUUCGCUGGAUCAGCUUUGA